AUGAUGGAUAAGAGCUGUAACUCGUCCGGAGCCUCCGGAGAUUCCUCCGCCGUAUCCGCUUCCGCCUCCGUGACGAGUAGUACCGGCAACAACAAUACAGGGAACAGAGAUCAUUACCUGAGACAACUCAAUAAGCUCUCUCAUAAGAUAUCCAAACCGACGGCAAACUCUUCCUCUGCCGCCUCCGCCGUGAAUCGAGAAUUUGAUCACCAAUCAUUUCUUCCUCCUCCUCCGCUGCCGCCGCUUAAUCAGGGGAAUCUCCAUCAGCAUCAGCCUCCGGUCUACAACAUCAACAAAAACGAUUUCAGGGAUGUGGUUCAGAAACUGACCGGCUCUCCUGCGCAUGAACGGAUCUCUGCUCCGCCGCAGCAGCCGAUUCACCAGCCUAAGCCUCAACAGAGCUCGCGUCUACACAGGAUCCGUCCUCCUCCGUUGGCUCACGUUAUCAAUCGCCCUCCUAGUUUGCUAAAUGACGCUCUUAUCCCUCCAGGUGCUCAUCAUCAUCAUAACUGGACCGGCGGAUUUGUUCCCCGACCGACUGCGCCGCUUUCUCCUCUCCCACCGCUACCUCCGGUUCACGCGGCGGCGGAAUCGCCGGUCUCUUCUUACAUGCGUUACCUUCAGAACUCGAUGUUCGCGAUCGAUUCGAAUCGGAAAGAGUUCUCUGGUUUAUCGCCGUUAGCUCCUCUGGUCUCACCUCGCUGGUUCCAGCAACAGCAGGAAAACGCUCCUCCGCCGCAAAACAACGGUCUGCCUCCACAACCUCCUCACCCUCCCGCGGCUACGGGAACAGUCUCUCAGACGGCGCCGACAUCGAUUCCGGCUCCUCCACCAUUCGGAUGUCUAAAUUCGCCCAAAUCCCCGUACGGAUUACUCUCUCCGAGCAUACUUUUAUCGCCGACGUCAGGUCAAUUAGGGUUUCCGGUAUCUCCGACGACGGUGCCGCUUUCUAGUCCUAAAUACAAAGGUCAUUGA